AUGAGCUCGAUACGGCUCUCUGAUUUGGACUGGACCUGUGUGCAACAACGGAUUGACGCCAUCCGGGCUGACCAAGCUCGCGUCGCGCGCGAACAAGCCCGGGAAGUUGUGGCUGCCGCGGCGGUGAGACGACAAGAGGCGCCGCCGGCUGGGGCGGACGGCCGGCCGAGGCAGCGGGCGAUGGGAGGAGACCGUGGGGUCGUGGCCGCAGCGGCGGUGCGGCGGAGUGAGACACGCUGCCCGUGGCGGAUGACGGCGGGCUGGUGCGGGCGAAGAAGGAGGGCGAGCGCGGUGUACCGCGGCAGACCAAGUCGCUCGACCAGGCGGGCGCGGCUGCGGCACGACUGCGAGAUGCGCCGAACGAGACAGGGGAGAAGAGCGUGCAACAUGGUGGCGCGUUCAGGGAGGGCGAUGAGGAGUCGACGAUAG